AAUCCACUGGAAGAAAUGGGUCGUUCCAACUCUAGAUCACACUCUUCAAGAUCAAAGUCCAGAUCACAAUCUAGUUCCAGGUCAAGGUCCAGAUCACAUUCUAGAAAGAAGAGAUACAGUUCUAGGUCUCGUUCCAGGACGUAUUCACGAUCUCGUAGUAGAGAUCGUGUUUAUUCUAGAGAUUAUCGCCGAGAUUACAGAAAUAAUAGAGGAAUGAGAAGGCCUUAUGGGUACAGAGGAAGGGGUAGAGGGUAUUAUCAAGGAGGUGGUGGUAGAUAUCAUCGAGGUGGCUAUAGACCUGUCUGGAAUAGAAGACACUCACGGAGCCCUAGACGGGGUCGUUCACGUUCCAGGAGUCCAAAACGAAGAUCUGUGUCUUCUCAGAGAUCUAGAAGCCGAUCUCGCCGGUCUUACAGAUCUUCCAGGUCUCCAAGGUCAUCUUCAUCUCGUUCGUCAUCCCCCUAUAGCAAGUCACCAGUCUCCUCAAAAAGGCGAGGGUCUCUUGAAAAGCAGACCAAAAAACCUGAAGGGGCUCCCCCAGAAGAUAGCCCUUUGAAAAACAAAUCACAGGAUGAACAGAAAGAUACAUUUGAACAUGACCCCUCUGAACCCAUUGAUGAUUUUAAUAAAUCAUCAGCGGCAUCUGGUGAUAUUUGGCCUGGUCUUUCAGCAUAUGAUAAUAGUCCAAGAUCACCUCACAGCCCUUCUCCUGUUGCUACACCACCUAGUCAGAGUUCAUCUUGUUCAGAUGCUCCCAUGCUCAGCACAGCCCACUCUGCAAAAAAUACUCCUUCUCAGCAUUCACAUUCCAUUCAACAUAGCCCCGAGAGGUCUGGAUCUGGUUCCCUUGGAAAUGGUUCUAGUCGAUACAGCCCCUCUCAGAAUAGCCCAAUCCAUCAUAUACCUUCACGAAGAAGCCCUGCAAAGACAAUCCCACCACAGAAUGUUCCAAGAGAAGAAACUAGAAUUCGUUCAUUUUAUCCUGAUGGUGGAGAUCAGGAAACUGCAAAGACUGGAAAGUUUUUAAAAAGGUACACAGAUGAAGAGUCUAGAGUAUACCUGCUUGAUAGGGGUAAUACCAGGGAGAAAGAGGCCCAGAAGGAGAAAGGAACAGAAAAAGGGAGGGCAGAGGGAGAAUGGGAGGAUCAGGAAACUUUAGAUUAUUUCAGUGAUAAAGAGGCUGGAAAACGAAAGUUUAAUGAUUCAGAAGGGGAUGACACAGAGGAGACUGAGGAUUAUAGACAGUUCAGGAAGUCUGUCCUGGCAGAUCAGGGUAAAAAUUUUGCUACUGCAUCUCACCGGAAUGCUGAGGAGGAAGGAGCCAAGUACAAAUCUAAAGUUCCACUGAAGGGCAAUAGAGAAAGUGAUGGAUUUAGAGAAGAUAAAAAUUAUAAACUUAAAGAGACUGGAUAUGUAGUGGAAAGGCCUAGCACUACAAAAGAUAAGCACAAGGAAGACGACAAAAGUUCUGAGAGAAUAAUGGUGAAGAAAGAAACUCAGUCACCUGAGCAGGUAAAGUCUGAAAAGCUCAAAGAACUCUUUGAUUACAGUCCCCCUCUACACAAGAAUCUGGAGGCGAGAGAAAAGUCUACCUUCAGAGAGGAGAGCCCACUUAGGAUCAAAAUGAUAGCCAGUGAUUCUCAUCGCCCUGAAGUCAAACUCAAAAUGGCACCCGUACCUCUUGAUGAUUCCAACAGACCUGCUUCCUUGACUAAAGACAGGCUGCUUGCUAGUACACUUGUCCAUUCUGUCAAGAAGGAGCAAGAAUUCCGGUCCAUCUUUGACCACAUUAAGUUGCCACAGGCCAGCAAAAGCACUUCAGAGUCAUUUAUUCAGCACAUUGUGUCCUUGGUUCAUCAUGUUAAAGAGCAAUACUUCAAAUCAGCUGCAAUGACCCUAAAUGAAAGAUUCACCUCAUAUCAGAAGGCCACUGAAGAACAUAGCACCCGGCAAAAAAGCCCAGAGAUACACAGGAGAAUUGACAUCUCUCCGAGUGCCCUGAGGAAGCAUACCCGCUUAUCAGGAGAAGAGAGAGUUUUUAAAGAAGAAAAUCAAAAGGGAGAUAAAAAAUUAAGGUGUGAUUCUGCUGAUCUUCGACAUGACAUAGAUCGUCGCAGAAAAGAAAGAAGUAAAGAACGGGGGGAUUCCAAGGGCUCCAGGGAAUCCAGUGGAUCCAGAAAGCAAGAAAAAACUAAAGAUUACAAAGAAUACAAAUCUUACAAAGAUGACAGUAAACAUAAAAGCAGAGAGCAGGACCGUUCUCGAUCUUCAUCCUCUUCAUCAUCCUCUUCCUCAGCCAGCUCUCGAGAAGAAAAAGACAGUAAGAAGGAAAGAGAAGAAGAGUUUAAAACCCAUCAUGAACCAAAAGAAUAUUCAGGCUUUACAGGAGUCAGCCGGCCCAGAGGAACUUUUUUUCGAAUUAGAGGCAGAGGAAGAGCCAGAGGAGUUUUUGCUGGGACAAAUACUGGUCCAAACAACUCAAAUACUACUUUUCAAAAGAGACCGAAGGAAGAGGAAUGGGAUCCAGAAUAUACCCCAAAGAGCAAGAAGUACUUCUUGCAUGACGACAGGGAUGAUGGUGUGGAUUAUUGGGCCAAAAGAGGAAGAGGCCGCGGCACUUUCCAACGUGGCAGAGGGCGGUUUAACUUCAAAAAAUCAGGUAGCAGUCCAAAAUGGACACAUGACAAAUACCAAGGGGAUGGGAUUGUUGAAGAUGAAGAAGAGACCAUGGAAAAUAAUGAAGAAAAGAAGGACAGACGCAAAGAAGAAAAGGUAGAAAAUUCCAACUUGUCAGUGAAUUGAAGAGCAGAUUUCCUUCAGUAUGGGCUAGGAGGGUGACGAUUUGCUAAAACUAGUAAAUCUAAUUUUAUAAACAGAGCUUGCUAUGGUUUAUAAAUUGUAUGUAGUUCCCCCCUGGCUCUGUUAAUCUUCAUUUUCUGUGUUUUUUAUUAUAGGAAUAGUAAAUCUGAAGUAAGAUUGCAACUGAGAGCAGAACUUGCACCCACCAUUUUUUUACGUGAUUUUUUUGUUUUCAAAAACGAAUACUUCCUUUUGCCCAGAGAAGGGAAACAAAAUGAACCAAAGGAUGUUUCCAGGAAGGAUUAAGAAAGCUGCUUAAUCACAAGAAGGCCAUGACUCAGUUCUUAGGUGUGUAUACCUUCCAACAUCCUAGGAGUUUUACUAUUAAAUGCAAAAUAUAUUUUUUACAAUAUCAGACUGCUUUAAGGAGUCAUUCCUUUUUGUCACAGUUUUAAAUCAGUGUUGGGCAUUAAUUUGAGAAAAGUCUUCCCCAGUAAGGAUGGCUAUAUAUAGAUGGUUAGAUGACUCCAUUCAGUGUGAUGUAUAAUGGAAUAGGGACCCUUGUAAAUUGUCAUAUGCCAAUAAAAUGUCAUAAGUGGUAAUGUGUUAUUGUUUGAUUACAAUAAUUAAGAAUAUAUUUGCCUCCUAUCAGAGUAGUUUCUUUGGCCUCUUUUACCUAAUAUCUUCUAAAAACUAUAAUUAUUCUGCUCCAAGAAUAUUGGAAGUGCUUUACUUUCUCAAACCUCAUAUGUAUCUUUCUAGACUUAAUUUCCAUUGAGAAAGGACUUAUUAGUUGGCCUAUGGCAUCAGUAAAAGAAUCUAAACCAAAUGUUUAGCCAUUUGUGUCACUAUAUUGAGAAAGUAUAUACUUAAUUUAGGUUGGAAAUGCAUCUAUUUUUAUUUAAAUAGUCAUUGAAGGAACUAUGUGUAGAUGUUAGGGAAACCAAAUGAAAUAAGACUGGCCCUUCUUUUCAAAGAGAGUUGGUCAUUUAUAGUUUAAAUACUAAAAUUCCAAUUUUGUUUUAUACUUUGCCAAAAAAAGUAGGGGAUGGGGAAGGAAGAGAAGGCUACCAUUUACUUCUGUGGUAAGAUCUGAUUUAACUUUUAUAGUUCAUCUCCCAAGAAUUGUUUGAAAUGUAAAGAUGAUGACCACUUUGAUUUUCAACAAAGCUUCUUCACAAAAUAGAUGUCAUGAUUUAAGGAAAAUGGAGAAUAAAUUGGAAUACUACAAAUAGUAA